GCCACUACUACGGGCCUACUACUAGUAGACUAGGACGGUCAUGUCGCGAAUGACAGAGAAAGCACAGGAUGAAAUAUCAUCUCUAGCCGACAGAAAUGUAGAUAGCACAGACUCUGAUCUGCGUUACAUGGCAUAUGCUGCUCGUCUCAGGACUGCAGUGCGCGCCGGCAGUCGCUAUAUCGCAUAUACCAGUGAUGUCGGAGAGGCAUUUCGCCCGGUAGUACCUCCUGCCAUAGUUACUGCAUGUUAUGGUAUUUCAUGGCUAUAUCUCGCCGGCGACGUGAGUUAUGAGGCAUAUAAGACUCACAGACGCGGUCCAAGCCCAAUAGAAGCCGCCCAUUUCUCUGAGCCGACAAGAGUAGGGAUGGUAGCCGUCAAACGUGCGGUUUUUCAAUCCGUAGCAUCAAUGGCUCUUCCCGCAUUCACUAUUCAUACCGCCGUCAACCAAGCAAAGAAAGCUUUCACGAACGUGCAAAACAAGAGAUUGAAGACAUGGGGUCCGACUAUCAGUGGACUUGCUAUUGUUCCUUUCCUGCCAUACAUAUUCGAUCACCCCGUAGAGACGGCAACAGACAAGGCCUUUGAGUGGAUAGAGAAUAGGCUAAUUGAGAGCCAGGUGGCUAGAAAGAAGACAGGAUCGUAAUCAUAUUUCAUUUGUGUUACCCACUCCUCUAGCUCACUGUUUACCCUCUGCAUCGAUAUGCUAUCUCUGUAGCACAUAUAUUAUUUGCCACCAUGGUCAGAGUUAAGACCCCCCCCUAACUGUGAUCACUGAGAGGCUUACUACUGCUGAUGUUGUUCGUCAUUGCCUCAAUGUUUAUUGGUUUCACACCUUUCUUUGUUUACCUUCAGAUACCAAAUUCAGUCUCCUGGGAC